UUUUUAAGCAAGGUGAUGUGUCCGAUCGGCUGGUGCUCUUUAUUAUAGUCCAUCCUAUCUGUUAUUUAUUUAUAGUGUAGGUGUGUAAACUACAUGAGUGUGAAUGAAUCCGUUAAAACAAGUAAAAAAAAGUAUAACGUUAGUUAUUAGUCAGGACAGCAAACUAACUUGCCAUUUUUCAGGGUCCUGAACAAUAAUGGAUACGCGGGUGUCAGAGCUCUUUGGGACAGGUUCCGCUUUUAAAUCAAGCGCUCAAGCAGUGGGGUCAGGUGCAAGUAACAGUACUGUAGUGACUUCAAAAAAAGCUUUCACGAAGAAUGGCAAAAAGUCAAAGAGUCGUUCAGCCCGAUUCCCCAAACCGAGCAAUAACCCUCCAUAUCUACCCCCGGAGGUUGAAGAGGGAAAUAUAGAGUAUAAGCUCAAGCUGGUGAACCCCACACAGUAUCGCUUUGAGCACUUAGCCACACAGAUGAAAUGGAGGCUGCAGGAGGGCAGAGGAGAGGCCGUGUACCAGAUAGGGGUGGAAGACAACGGGCUUCUGGUUGGCUUGACUGAGGCAGAGAUGAGAGCCUCACUCAGGACCCUCCACAGGAUGGCUGAGAAGGUGGGUGCAGACAUUACAGUUCUCAGAGAGAGGGAGGUGGAUUAUGACUCUGAAGAACCACGUAAAAUCACAGAGGUGCUUGUCAGGAAAGUACCGGAUGACCAGCAGUUUCUGGACCUGCGGGUGGCUGUGUUGGGGAACGUGGACUCGGGGAAGUCCACCUUGCUCGGUGUGCUCACACAAGGCGAGCUGGACAACGGCAGGGGCAGAGCACGGCUCAACCUUUUCCGUCAUCUCCAUGAGAUCCAGACAGGAAGAACCUCCAGUAUCAGUUUCGAAAUCCUGGGAUUCAACAGCAAGGGAGAGGUGGUGAAUUACAGUGAUUCCCGGACAGCAGAAGAGAUCUGUGAGAGUGCCUCGAAAAUGAUCACCUUUAUCGACCUGGCCGGCCACCAUAAAUACCUGAAGACUACCAUUUUUGGCCUCACAAGCUAUUGUCCUGAUUUUGCUAUGCUGGUAGUCAGUGCGAACACAGGCAUUGUGGGCACCACACGGGAGCACCUGGGUCUGGCCAUGGCCCUCAAAGUGCCCAUCUUCAUCAUGGUCAGCAAGGUGGACCUGUGCACCAAAGCUACGGUGGAGCGCACCAUGCGGCAGCUGGAGCGCAUCCUCAAGCAGCCCGGCUGCAAUAAAGUCCCUCUGGUGGUGGCUAGCACAGACGAUGCCGUCACUGCUGCCCAGCAGUUCACCCAGUCACCCAGCGUCACGCCAAUCUUCACAUUUUCCAGCGUAUCAGGGGAGAACCUGGAGCUGCUGAAGGUGUUCCUGAACAUCCUGCCUCCCCUCAGUAACAGCAAAGAGCAGGAGGAGCUCAUGCAGCAACUCACUGAGUUCCAGGUUGAUGAGAUUUACACAGUGCCUGAUGUUGGGACAGUGGUCGGUGGAACUCUUUAUAGUGGUAUCUGCAGAGAGGGGGACCCGCUAGUGGUGGGGCCCACAGAUGAUGGCCUGUUCCGGGAACUGACCGUAUGCAGCAUCCAGAGGAAUCGCUCUGCAUGCAGGGUGCUCCGGGCAGGGCAGGCAGCCACACUGGCCCUGGGCGAAUUUGACCGCUCAUUACUACGAAAGGGUAUGGUGAUGGUGAGCCCAGAGAUGAACCCCACUAUCUGCUGGCUGUUUGAGGCUGAGAUUGUCCUGCUCUUCCAUGCCAAGACAUUUCACAAGGGCUUCCAGGUGACCGUACAUGUGGGGAAUGUGAGACAGACUGCCACAGUGGAGGCUCUGCAGGGAAAGGAAGAGCUGCGCACGGGUGAAAAAGCAGUGGUAAGAUUCAAGUUCAUCAAGCAUCCAGAGUACCUCAAAGUAGGUGCUAAGCUGCUCUUCAGACAUGGAGUUACCAAAGGCAUCGGUCAAGUCACCAAACUUCAGCCCUUGUCACAGUACGAACACCACACCUAGAGCCAGAGUCUGCCUCUCUUCUAGCUCAGAGGACAUAGGCACAGCCAAAUGCAGCAACCCUACUAUCACCACCAAAUUCCUUACUUGUAACACUCCCAAUCACAAACCCAUAAUGUUCCUCACUUUCUUUUUCUCUCUCCUUCACAAAAUCUUUCUUCCACUAACCUUAAAACCUUUUAAAGGACAGUUUUAAUUUGAAACAGCAGUCUGGUUUACAGGCUUUUUAUUUUGAAGUGUAGCAGUAGACUGGAGUUGAGAUACUGUUUACAAAUGCUCUGGUCAUCAUGUUGAGGUCUGUUGUGAGGUUGGGGGAGGGGGGGGGGGUUAAAAUGUUAUUUUUGGUGUCCUUCUAAAUAUGGUUGAACAUGUCUAUCCUUAUAGAUCAAUAAAGGAGAAGUUCAUCCAUCAGUUAAUGUAGCUAACAUCAGUAACUAGCAGUGAGUAAAAGCUAAACAGUGAGUAAACGCUAAAGAUGUCAACUGCCAUAAUUCUUUCCAUUGGUAGUCCCAUAUGCAGGCAUUGGCUAAACUCCUGAUUCAGGAUUCUGACUCUGACUCUCUAACUCCUGAUUAGCUGCUUCCACAAAGAGUUUACACCCAUUUGCUGCAAAGCAAAACACAAGACGUAUGAGUGAUGUUCUGAAUAUGUUCAGUCAAUAUGUAG